AUGGACACCUCGGGAGGACCCUCUCAAUUCUCCUCGAUGCCUUGCAGCACACAAGACAGAAUCAUUAUUGGCGUGGACUAUGGAACCACAGGCACUGGUAUCAGCGUCAUUCUAGUUGAGGGCCAAACGGGUGCCACUCGCUGUGGAUUCAUUACCCAGUGGCUAUCCGGUGCAAAUCAGGCAAAGGUUCCCUCGCGAAUCGCAUAUGCUUGUAACAACCCAUCUUUCUCCAUGCCUUCUUCGUGCUGGGGAUUCGAAAUCCACCCUGACAUGAACGCGUGCUCCUGGACUAAGCUUCUGCUGGAUCACAAUACGGAGCUGGCUGAAUUUGAUGACGAGGUCCUGAGGGCCGCGGUCUCCUCAGGAAUUUUCGAUCUGGCACGUGGAAAAGCACCUGUGGAUGCUAUCACAGACUACCUGAAGCACGUGUUGAGCUUUGCAUGGGGCAUAAUCAGGCAGGAUUUUGAUGUGUCACUUGACCACAUUCCUAUCAACCUUCAAUUCACCGUUCCAGCUACAUGGUCCCAGGAAAGUCGGGUAUUGAGCAAACAAGCAGUGACUCGGGCUUGGCGUGACAAGAGACCACAGGAUACAAUAACGUUCAUGUCUGAGCCCGAAGCAGCCGCAGAGGCUGUCUACAAGCUACACCGGUCUGAGUUCAAGGUUGGAGAUGGGAUUUUGAUCUGUGACUGUGGCGGUGGAACUGUGGAUAUUGCAACCUAUUUGGUCACGGAUUGUGAUCAGUUCAGUCUCUCAAGGAUAACUUCUGUGCAAGGCAUAUUACUUACAGAGCGCAGAAGAGGAGGCAAAUGCGGCGGCACAGCUAUUGACAGUCGACUUUAUGGUCUUAUUAACAAGCGGUUCCCGGGUGCAUUCAAAUCCUUGAACUAUCUGAUUGCACCUGGGAGCAAAUUCAUGAGAGCCUUUGAAGAUGUUAAAACGGUCUUUGGCGAGGAUGAGAGACGGAAGACUUUCAGGUUACCACUCAACCUAAGAAGAGGCCAGAGAGGUUGCACUUUGCCAUACUUUGAUCCUAAAACAAAGGGGAUGAUUCUUUCUGAAGAAGACACCCGAAAUUUGUACAACCCAGUCAUCUCUAAAAUUAUUAGCCUGAUUAACUCGCAGAUCAUGGCUGCAGAUGAGAACCAUGGCUCUCCUGUGAUCAAUGUAGCUUCCAAGUAUAAUGGCCGUCGCCGCUGGCUCGGCACUACGCGGUCUACGGGGAGACUGCCCAGUAGUGCUAAGAAGUCCUCAGCACUAUGGAUUCGGAUCUCCCCAGCCACUGCGCCAUAA